AACAGUUCAUGUGCACUUAGGUCGCCAGUAAUGCCAUCUAUGAUAAAUUUAACUAAAUAACGAAGCUAUGAAAAACAUUCACAAAAAAAUUUAUGUCAAAUUUCAAAUUCUAAAAGGCAAAAAAAGUUUAUUUAAUCAGAAUAUAGUAGUAUUUUAUAAACAGUUUUCGUUUUGACUUCAGUGAUGAUGAAGAAACCGAAAUCAAUAUUCACCAAGAGUUAUUAAAAAAGCCAAUCCGCGAACAAAUCACUUGGAACACGCACUAUCUACAGCCAGAAAGAGAAGAUGAGAAAACUUUAAUCAAAAAGGCUGAUGACCUUACUGAACGGAAAGUUUUGCUUACAGUUGAACUAACAAAUAAAUUGAAACUGACAAAAAAAGAUAGCCAACGAAUUUUGUGAGUACAUGAAACAGCUUGGCGGUGAACAACAAUCCAAUCUAUUUUCUCCUAAAGCGAUCAAAGAACUAUUUCAGAUUGAGUUCGAUACACAUGUCGCUCGAAGCCUUAGAGUUAUUUCAAAAGAAUUACCUACAAUCGAUGAAAAGAUUGCCGUCGCGGUGGGAAAACCAGAGAAAUCUUGCUAUGCUGCAUUAGAACGAGAGAUAUCAAGAGACAUAAAGGCAGAAAAUUGCUCUAAUAAAACAAUUGCUUUUGGACAAAGCCUCCCUAGACACGACCAGUAUCGAGCUCCGAAUAAUAAUACUAAAAACCAGUGGAGAUCAGCACGAUAUGUACCCAAAGAUUUGGUCACACUGAAAGCUGUGUGGGAAGGCAUUACUAAUUUACGGAGCGUAAGAGAGUAUUGUAGAUGGAUGAUUGAUCACCCAGAGCAUAGACGCCCUCCAUAUUUAAAUAGCCUCGGAAUGUUCGAUCCAGCCGUGCUUGAAGCAAAAAUGUCUUUCCAAAAUCAGUAUCAUGAAGCCCCAAUCCAAAAACCGCUUUCAACUGAACCAGAAUCCGUGGAACACAUUCGAAGGAGACUCUCAGAAUUAGCUGAAACUAAUUUGGGUCAAGCUGAAGCCAAAUAAUUAAAUUAUAUAAAUGAAAUAAAUAAAAGUUUCGUUUUCGUAAAUGAGCAUUGUGUUUCAGUGAACUUCCCAAAAAAAUGUAAAAAAUGUUUCAUUUACGUAAAACACGCAUUUGUUUAAUAAAUUUAGAAAUAUAAUUUAUAUUAUUAGAAUAUAAUCUAUGAAGAAUCGUA